CUUGCCUUUUAGGUACGUCCUUUUGCUUUUCAAAGUUAAUAAAACAGGUGAAUUACUCUCUCUCCCCAUUCAAAUUGUUAGUUGUUUGGUGAAGAUUGAAGAACGAUGGCACUGGUUCCCAAUUAGAGCUCCCAAAAUCCAGCACCUUGCAGUAUAGAGAAUUACAAUCUUAAUCGAUCCAUUAGGACCGACAGCCGGCAGUCUCUAUCUAAGCUGGAAGUAAACAAACACCCCCAUUUCCUCGUAGAAAUCAAAUCUCUCUUCUGUGUGAGAAAACAAAAAGCGCCUCUGCAACAACUCUCCAUAUCCAAUCUCGUACUGCAAUUUUUCCUCAAAAUCUAACCAUCACCAUUCUCGAUUGGACAUCAGGGUUUAAUCCAGAUAUGCGGUUCGAUAAGGAAGCAAGCUCAUCUUCGCAUGUGCUACAAGUACCACCCCUACCAACAGAAGACACCCCGUUGUUGGGCCAUCCACGCCAGCUCUCCUCCCAGUCAAAGACCUUUGCCAAUAUCUUCAUAGCUAUAGUUGGAACAGGCGUCCUUGGCCUUCCUUAUACCUUCAAGAAAACAGGCUGGCUCAUGGGAUCCCUCAUGCUCUUCUCCGUCGCCCUUCUGACCUAUUACUGCAUGAUGCUUUUGGUUUUUACCCGCCGCAAGCUGGAGUCCCGCCAUGGCUUCUCGAAGAUCAACUCCUUUGGUGAUCUUGGCUUCGAGGUUUGUGGCCCCAUCGGUCGCUUUGCGGUUGAUGUCAUGAUUGUGCUUGCCCAAGCUGGCUUCUGCGUUAGUUACCUCAUUUUUAUUGCCAACACUUUAGCCUAUGUUUGUAUUGCUGAUAAUCAUACCAAAAUUCUUGGCCUCAGUCCAAAGAUUCUAUUUCUGUGGGCUUGUUUUCCAUUCCAGUUAGGGUUGAAUUCAAUUGCAACGUUGACCCAUUUGGCUCCUUUGAGUAUCUUUGCUGAUGUGGUAGAUCUUGGAGCGGUCGGAGUGGUAAUGGUUGAGGAUGUGUUGUUUUUCUUGAAGAAUAGGCCGGCAUUGAAGGCUUUUGGUGGAUUCUCUGUUUUCUUUUAUGGCCUUGGUGUGGCUGUUUUUUCUUUUGAAGGAGUAGGAAUGAUAUUGCCACUGGAAUUAGAGGCAAAAUACAAAGAAAAAUUUGGGAAAGUGUUGGCCUUUUGCAUGGCAUUCAUCUCUUCGCUGUAUGGAGCAUUUGGAAUUUUGGGAUACUUGGCUUUUGGUAAAGAAACCAAAGAUAUAAUCACUACCAACCUGGGACCCGGGGUAGUAAGCACUGUGGUGCAACUGGGUCUGUGUAUCAACCUGUUUUUUACGUUCCCAUUGAUGAUGAACCCGGUUUACGAGGUGGUGGAGAGGCGAAUCUGUGAUUCCAGGUACUGCUUGUGGCUGAGGUGGGUAGUGGUUCUUGGAGUGAGCUUGGUGGCUCUGACAGUCCCGAAUUUUGCAGAUUUCUUGUCACUUGUGGGCAGUAGCGUGUGCUGUGCUCUGGGAUUUGUGUUGCCUGCUUCCUUUCACUUGAUGGUAUUCAAGAACGAGUUAGCGUGGAAUGGAUUGAUUUUGGAUGCGGUUAUUGUGGUUUUAGGUCUGAUAAUGGGAAUCUCUGGAACCUGGUCUUCUCUGAUGGAGAUUUUUGCCUCCAAGGCCUGAUUUUGUGUUGGCCUUACCAACAAACAACCUCUAUCAGUAUGAUAUCUCAGUUAAAUAUGAGAUAAACGUUCACCAUGUAUAAUAUAUUACAGCUGAAUUCUUGGAUUUGAUUGUGCACUCUAUUUAGCACUGCAUCUAAGUUGUAAUGACAAAAUCAUCACGUUCAGGUUGCCAGGGUUGUUCAAUCGCUGAGCUGUUGAUUUAUUGUUUUCAUAAAAUCAUCUCGUUCAGCUGUUGGACUAAAUGCUUAAUUAAUGAGCAUGCAUUCAUAGAUAUGCAGGCAGAUAGCAGGAACAGAAAGCCAAAUAAGGCUCAUGUUGGGUAGGAGCAAAACUUGCAGGAAAUCUCCCUGAGGGUUACAGAAAUAUCUGCAAAUUGAUAAUAAGAUUAAGCGGAAGCCACGUGGUACUUCUCUGCUGUUGGCACAAAAUUCUUUAUGACCCCAUGGCUAUGGCUAUGGUCCACACAGGAAAACUGACAUCAUACCCAUGCGCUGCCGUUGCUUGGAUAAACGCUACAUUCGUAAAGCUUCGCGAUAUCAGAACUAAAGGAAAAGAAGAAGAAACAAGCAACCUGCUGAGGUAGACCUCGGCAUUUGGUAGACAAAUCUGUUUCAGGUCAACUAUCUACCAACCACUGACGUUUUUGAUAGCAUAAACCAAGGUUAAGUAACCCUUUAUCUGUUUUGGACAAAUCAGAUUUGUAUUCAUCGAAAGAAGUAGGCAAGCCUACUACAAUGUAAACAAGCGGCUCUUAUCGGUUUUGUAUUUCCUGCUUUUGUUUCAUUUGAUGGUGUACAAAGAGGAGUGAGAGCAAGGGUAGAAUGAACUGAUUCUGGUUGGGAGUCCCCGGAAUCUGGCUUUCCUUGACACAAA